ACGUACGGCGUUACGCACUUAGAAGGGGAGGGAGGAAAAACAGCGCGAAACCCGCGUACGAAGAGAGCGAUAGACAGACAACCAGGGAGCCUAAGAUCGUCUGCCCAAUCUGUCUUCAUCCUCCAUCCGAUGGCCGACACGAAGGAAACACAGGAGGAGCAUGAGACCUCAGUCGAGAACACAGAAGAUGCCAAUCAUGACCCUCAUUUUGAACCCAUUGUGUCACUGCCAGAGCAAGAGAUAAAGACACUCGAAGAGGAUGAGGAAGAAGUGUUUAAGAUGCGAGCAAAGUUGUUCAGAUUUGCAUCUGAAAAUGACCCACCAGAGUGGAAAGAACGGGGCACUGGGGAUGUUAAGCUGCUGAGACAUAAGGAGAGAGGAACAAUCCGCAUCCUGAUGAGAAGAGAUAAAACUCUAAAAAUCUGCGCCAAUCACUAUGUUACACCUUCAAUGGAGCUGAAGCCUAAUGCAGGUAGUGACAGAGCGUGGGUCUGGAAUACAUAUGCGGAUUAUGCAGACGAGGCUCCGAAACCAGAACUGUUGGCCAUUCGCUUCUUAAAUGCUGAAAAUGCUCAGAAGUUUAAGGCAAAGUUUGAAGAAUGUAAAAAUGAAAUGAAGGGAAAUGAAACAAAAGACAUGACCAAAAAUGAUAGUGCUGACAAAGUGGCAGAAAAAUUAGAAGAGUUGUCUGUUAAAGAGAAGAAAAUUCAAGAGAAGGAAGAAGAUACCAAGCAAGAAAAAGCAGAAGACCAGCAAUAAGUCAUCUAUAGCCUUGUACUCUGUUUUUUUUUUACAAGGGACUUUAUAACAAAGAAAAAAGAACUGAGUCCAGACAUUCAGGUUGUUUUUUCUAAGCUUUUGCCCCUGAGAAGAUUGUUCUUCAGAAACAAAAAUUCCAUUCCCCAGUCAUGAAAAUGUACUGUGUUCACUUUCUUUUUCCAUAGUGGAAACACUUAUUUAUAGUCAUCCAAAAUAAUGAAUAAACCAGUUUGAAAAAGUUCAAUGGACACGACUGGAAUCCAUAAUUGUUAUGCAGUUUUUGCUGGGGUCUGUUAUGGGUGCAUUAUGUACAUGUAUGUGGAGAUAUGAUGCGGAGUAAAAUUUCCUAGGGAUGUGUGCUA